AGGAGAGGACAACUUGAAAUGUUUAGUACCUAACUCUAGAUCUUAUCCGGGGGUAUACACAUACCAUCAGAGAUGAAUUUCUAUCAGUAAUGACACUGUUACAUUGAUUUACAUCUAGUCAAUAUAUGAAAACUAAUUAAAGACAUUUGAUAAUCGACCAAAUGAAAUUAGCAUUAAAUACGUGAGUUCAAGUUAGAGUGUGACAUCAGACAUCUGACAUGCGCUCCUAGUGGCACGAUAGUCCAGAGUUCGAAUCUCUCCCUGUCUAUAGUUUUGACUCCAAGCUGUACGUACUCUGAUUUCAUCUCAGGCGCGGACAUAUGAGUUAAGGAACUGCCUACAGUGUUUAGGACUUAAGUGGCACUGCAAACACAACUCAGCUCACCCACAGCUCAGCUCACCCAUAGCUCAGCUCAAGGUAAAUCUCAAACAAAAAUGUAUAUUCUCCAUUGGGAUUUAAACCCAAACCUUCUCAGCGGUAUAUUUGUGCAGCUCUUCUCUUUUACAUUGUCAGAUUGUCAGAAAUGUUCUUUAAAAAUCUGGACAUCGCCAUCGACAAAUAAGAGAAUUGGAUUUUGAGAGCCAGCAUACUCCCCGGUUAGUGGACAGGUCAGAAAGCAGGACACGCUAUGGACGCUUUUGAAUACGAAGACAUACCUGAGCUCUCAUACAACAUGUCCAGGGAGUACAUGGAGGCUGACUCCAUCAUCGUGGCCCACAAGACGGUGGCGGUCUUCGCCAUGCUGAUGAUUCCUGUGGUGCUUUUUUCUAAUGCAAUGGUGCUCUUUUCUUUGGUGGCGUCCCCGAGCCUGUACCCAGGAGGGAGGCUUAUGCUGCUGUAUUUGACUCUUAUAAACUUGCUUAUCGGCGCGAUCAGCUUGCCCCUCUUCGCCCUGAGGCAGGUGCCCAAAGUGCGUGUGAGGUAUUUUACCAGCCGCGUGGCGUGUCUGCUUCUGCUAACUUCUAUGGGGCUCCCCGGGGCCGGGACCUUGUAUGUUUACACACUGAUCGCGCUGGACCGGUUUCUGGAUGCCCAGUGGCCCCUGAAAUACAGUCAGAUAGUGAACGAUGUCAAGUCCAUCAAAGUGACCAAUUUCCUGUGGACGUAUUUGGUCAGUCUCUGCGUUUUUAUAAUUUCCGCAUGGGGCGCACACGAGCCCACCCACGACCCCAAGCUUCUCCCCUGCAAGUACAACUCGACGCUGACCUCCAACUUCCUCAUGGGCGUGUCUUCGUCUAUCUUCUCCUUCCUAGUAGUGGUGACCAUUGUCGUGAACCUGGCCUUGACCUUAAGGACGCUGUUGGAAGUCAGGAGCUACUCUGAGGAAAAGUCCACCAACUUGACCCGGCACAAGAACAGACUGCUGGACUACCUUCUGGACUCGACUAAAGUGACCAAUAUUCUUCUCAUCAUCUUCUUCCUUCUCUGGUCUCCGUCGGCCCUCGUCACUCCCCUGAUCAAAAGCCAGGCCCUUUCGGAGCAGCAGAUGGAGGUCUACAAGGUCACCACUCAACUUCUCCGGUUGUCCAACGCGGCCUUUCACGCCCCUGCGCACGCCAUAGGCCGAAAGAAGCUGAGACAACUCUACCUGCUCAUGCUGACCACUCCGCCGUGGCACUGGAACGAAGAAAUGGCCAACUUUCACAGGCAAGUGUGUUCCUCCAUAGACGGUCACGUCAGGUUCUCUUUAAAGGUCACGACCAUUGACAUCACCCCUGCAACAUGUAGCCCUAAAUACUCGGUCAGCAGUGUAUGAUCCGACCUCCUGAUUCCCCCCCAUUUCUAUAUUGCUGGUGGCAUUGCUAAAUCCAUGACAAUAUUUUCAUAAAGAAUACUUUGCAAUUGAAUCCAAUCAUAUUUAUAUUAUAUUGAAAAAAAUAUAUACGUUAUGCGUGACUUAGGUCCUCCCGCGCCGUUUGGCGCUUGGGGCGGCAGGCUCUCUCCAAAGAGAUCAGUCAAAGGCGACUUACACGGUCUCUUCCCAAAUGGUGUCCAUGGAUUUCGAGUCUUCUUAGAAGGUACGACGCCAUUGCAAGCAAGACAUGUCAUCAUAUGACUUUUUAAAAAGCCAAAUAUUCUCUAGGUAGAUCAAAGACCUGGUCAGAUUUGCCAGUUAUUACUGAAAUAACACGAUUUUUAUUUAAUCACCAAGGAGUUUCAAUGUAUUCCCGGACUUUUCUGUUAGUACAAAGUCUGCGUUUUAUAUUGUUAAUAAAUCGAUGCUUCGGUUUGUA